AUGAUGCCUCGUAGAAACAUGCUCUCGGUAGAAUAUUGCUAUGAUGCUGAUAAUAGAAAUAGAUUUGUUGAUUUCAUUGGCUUUAGCAAUUUUAUUUUCUUGAUCCAAAAUCUUGAAAAGAAAAAAAAUAAUAUUAAAGAUGAAAUAUUGGCUCUUCUCUAUCUUCACUAACAUUUCAAUAGAAUAUCAGAACUUAGAUUGAAAGUAAAAUACUUUUACAUAUUUGCUUGUUUGAGAAACAAGAAAUCCUACAAAACUUUUAUCUUCAAACACUUGUAAAUAAGGGAUCAUUGCUUUCUUGUCAAGACAAUGAUUUCAUUCAAAGGCUAUAUCUCAGAAGCAUAAUAUUUGGAUUUAAACAGAUUAGAUACUGUUCCAUUAAUUCUAAUCACUUACAGAGACAUUCAGUUAUUCUUUCACCUAAUUAAUGAUAUAAAGCACAUAAUGAAACAAGUGACAGAGCAGAACUUGUGA